UCGCUCGCUUCCUGUCAAACUAAAAAAUAAACUGGAAUAUAAUGCAAAACGGUUAGGUAAAACGUUCGAAAUUGACAUGAGAAAUAACACAUUCCCAUUGAAUUGCGACGAAAAGGAAUAUUUAAGGUGGAUGGUUAAACACAGAAAGAGCAUGCUCCACUUCAAGGAUUACAUUUUCCAUGACGAAGCUUGCAAGACACUUUCAGUGGAACAAUUUUUCAAGGCAUUCAAAACCUUGAAAAAGAAUGCCGUUCCUACACAUUGUUUACAGUAUUUAGUUCAAUUGGCAUUUCUGUACUUCUUUCAAUUGUUGUUGGUGGUUUUAUAUACAGAAAUAAGUGGAAACUCAGAUAUCUAAUGAGGUUGACUAAAAUCAAAUAUUUUGGAUAUAAGAAACUACAUAAUGAUCUGAACGAACCUGACCAUUUUAUGUAUGAAGCGUUUAUAUCUUACGCAAAUGAAGACUUACGUUUCAUUCUUGACCAGAUUAUUCCAAAACUAGAAGAAAAUGAAAUGAAGCUGUGUAUACACGAUAGAGAUUUUUUACCUGGAAACAAUAUUGCAGACAACAUUCUAGAGGCUGUUAGAAAGAGUAGAAAGACUGUUGUUAUUCUAUCAAAAGAAUUUUUGAAAAGUAAAUGGUGUUUGUAUGAAUUUAACAGGGCAAGAAUGGAAAGUAUAUACUCACGAGAAGGGGCUAAUUGUCUUCUAGUUGUCAUGUUUGAAAAUGUUCCAACCGUAAAUAUGUCCACUGAGAUGUUGCAAUGGAUUGAUUCCCAUACAUAUAUAGAGUAUACCUUGGAAGAAGAAGGAAACUUUCUGUUUUGGGAGAAUCUCAAGGAUGCCUUAAGAGAAUGAUUUAUGUCAACAUUAUUUCCUUGUAAAACAGUUUCAAUUCGUAGUUUUGUCUCGUGAAUUCAACAUUUACCAAAACGUUACCUUUAUUCUGAUGCCCUCGAAUGCUAACACAUUUACAACUAUACGAAAUAUUUUACAAAACCUUUUCAUUAAGUUCUAGAAACUUUAUUGCACAUUAUUUGCAGUCAC